AUGUCUAGACAGUUUGUGAUCAACACCUUGCAGGGAAAGAGAGGGGCGGAGGGCAGUUGGGUGGGGGGGGGGGGGGGCGGUUUCUGUCUUUGGACAAGGUUCCGUUUUGCGCUUCGGCCCAAUCUCUCGUCUUCCCUGCUUGUCCUUUUUGCCCACACUCCACCGUUGUGGAAAGACGACCAGGCCAAAGAUGGCGAGGAGGGGCAUUCUGGCCUUCCAGAAAGGGAAACGGAACGAAAACUGUCCACAGAAGACGACUGGAGGGGCGGGAGCAGCAGCACGCCGCCAAGUAAUACGACGCUGGCGGGGAACAAGAUAUGGCACGAUAUCAUCGCAGGGCAGAUCUUGUGGCCAGGCCACGAGAGGCCAUCGUCAUACCAUCGAUGCCACUGUUCUGGCAAUGACAUGCAGAGAACGGCAGAGGAAAAAGUAGAGUGA